GAGGCGGCUGUGGGCCGCCCCGAGGGGUGGGCGCGGCGGGUGCUCAGUGUAUAUGUUGAUUUUUUCCUCACAACCUUGUCGGGAAGGUACAGUGACCUCAUUUCACCUACGGGAAAGCCCGGGCCCAGGCGGAUGUGGCGAUUCGCCGAAGGUGUGUUUCCUGGAAGCAGCAGAAGCCUGGAUUCUGUUUUCUCAUCCAACAUACUACUCUAUGAGUUUUAUUGCAGAAGAAAUAGCCAGUAUCCUCUUUGCAAUCCAGAAGACAAAUCUUACCAAAGACAAAUCAAUUGCAGCUCUGAGCACGUGGACUAAAGGGGCGGCCACCUGGCUGCCGCCUGACCUCUGUGCACACCCCAGUCUUUGUCUCAGGCUCGCCCACACUGCAGUCCUAUGAAUCACAUUGCCGACUUGUCAUCAAAUGGAAGGAAGGCACAGCUGCAGUAUUCAAAAACUUGAAACGCUGCAUAUCCAGCAAAAUUUCUUGCUUGUAUGAAUGUAGAUCUUCACACAUAAUCUUACUUUGCUUUGCCAGAGGCCAGUGUUUAAAAGAAAGGUGUAUGUAACUUGGUGCUGUUUUUCAACCCUAAACUUUUGAUCAAGAAUGAAACUGUUUAAAAAUUAAGAUGCCAACAGAUCACGAAGAGCCCUGCGGUCCCAGUCACAGGUCAUUUUGCCUGAAUGGGGGGAUUUGUUAUGUGAUACCUACUAUUCCCAACCCUUUUUGCAGAUGCAUUGAAAAUUAUACAGGAGCCCGUUGUGAAGAGAUUUUUCUCCCAAGCUCCAGCAUCCAAAGUAAAAGUGACCUAUUUGCAGCAUUCGUGGCAUUGGUUGUUCUUCUGGCAACACUGAUCAUUGGAGCCCUGUACUUCCUUUGCAGGAAAGGCCAUCUUCCGAGGGCAGAUUCAGUUCAGUAUGAUAACAGCCUGGUAGAGAUAAGCAGUGCCCCUGCCCACCAUGGGCUCACUAAGCAGACUUUCUACAGAUGAAAAUCACGUCAGUUAUCUCACAAUUUCCAAUCAAGAGGAUUUGGAGUUUUAUGAAAAUUUAUGGUAACACUAAUCUAGGUUAUACUAUGUGUGUGCAGUGUUUAUAAAAGGUUUUUUCCUUGAAAGUUUUUGUGGAUUUGGACAUUUAACUUUUUGUGUUUACUUGAUAAAUAUGCAUUAUAAAUCAGUGGCAAAACUUGCUGUAUGGCUUCUCUUACUAGGUGAAGAAGCUGAUAUAUUUGCCAACGAUCCAGGUUUAAGCAAAGUUGAGAGAUCUUUGCAAGGGGACUACUGGAUUCCCCUUCAUUAGUAUAGGUCAGUGUAGAUUCCGUAACUGUGCACAAUGUGUUUAUUACUGGUCUUAUACCCAAGAUUUCCUUUACUGAGCCUCUUCUCCCCUUUAUAAUCUGCACCAACCCUUACAGCUAAAUAAAUUCAUUGUUCCUAACAACCCUGAAGAUUGACCUCUAAGAACCCCCUUGUUUUUCUCCAAUAUUUUGUGAAAUGGCCCAGUAGCAGACUCCUUUGGAAAGAGGGUCUUCACUUGAAAAAAAUAAAAUAAU